AUGGUGAAGGAUUAUCACAAAGAGUCGAUCUCCCCAAGAUUGUGUAUCACAAGUCCAUCUUUCUCAGUACAAGUGAAUGGGGAGCUCGCGGGUUAUUUUCAAAACAAGGCUGCUAUGCAGAAGAAGUUCAGGCUUCAUCCAGGGUGCAGUUCGCUAUCUCUCACCCAUUUGUGCUUUGCGGAUGAUCUUAUGAUGUUUGUAGAGAGAUCAAAAGAGUCUGUUGAAGGCGCUUUGGCAGUGGUCGAUGAAUUUGUAGUAUGGUCGGGUUUGAAGAUAAGUAUUGAGAAGUCUACUAUAUACAUGGCUGGUGUGGCUGUAGAGGAAAAGGCUAGGAUCAAAAGAAACUUUCCUUUGGCUGAAGGUACACUUCCUGUGAGGUACUUGGGAUUACCACUUAUGACCCAGGUAAUGAGAAGACCCGACUAUCAACCGUUGGUGGAGAAAAUCAGAUGCAAGAUGAACACUUGGACGAGUAGGUGUCUGUCUUAUGCAGGUAGAAUGCAACUGAUAAAAUCUGUGAUAAUGAGUAUUGUCAAUUUUUGGUCUGCGGCAUUCAGACUCCCAAGCCAAUGUAUGAAAGAAGUAGAGCAGCUCUGUGCAGCGUUUCUUUGGUCGGGUCCUGAUCUUAUAACCUCAAGAGCAAAGGUUGCUUGGAAAGAAGUAUGUAAACAGAAAGAUGAAGGUGGAUUGGGUAUUAGAGAUUUGAAAGAAGUCAAUUUGGUUUGUGGGCUGAAACUUAUUUGGAGGCUUUUGUCGGGUAAGUCUUUAUGGAGUAAAUGGAUCAAGGUUAAUCUGAUGAAGAAGAAAAGCUUUUGGGAAGUGAAUCAGAAAAAUCAAAAUGGUUCCUGGAUGUGGAGGAAACUGCUUAAGAUCAGGGAGAUAGCAAAAGGUUUUUAUAGAAAAGAAGUAGGUAAUGGGCGUCAUACUUCAUUUUGGUUUGAUUGCUGGAAUGAGAAUGGAGUCCUAUAUGAUCUUUUGGGUGCUCGAGGCUUUAUAGACAUGGGUAUUUGUAAAGAAGCUACGGUCGAAGAUGCUAUCUCUAGGUCCUGUAGACGUCGAAGAUAUAGAACAAGGAUGUUAAAUGCCGUAGAAGAGAGUCUGAACAGAGUAAGAGACAAUAUAAGUGGAGAUAAGGAGGAUGUGAGUCUAUGGAGAAGAGGCUCGGGUUUUAAAAGUUCUUUCUCCACUUCUGAGACUUGGAAAAUAAUGAGAGGUGAUAGAGUGAAGUUAUCUACAAUGGACAGAGUAAUCCAUUGGAAUCCAGGAGCUGAUGAUGAGUGCGUGCUCUGGAUUAUGGAGAGUUCUUAUACAAGUUCUUGGUCAGAGAUCAUGCGGUUGGCUGCGGAGGGUUGUAACAUGGAUCGAAAGAGGCUUUUCUGUUUCCGUUAUGCGUUUCACAUUGCAAUAUAUGGAAUAUGGAGAGAACGAAAUAGAGUUAGGCAUGGGGAGAAGCUAAUGCCUAUAACUGUGUUGAAGAAGGUGACUGAUAAGGGGGUGAGAAACAAACUUAGUGUGAUGAGAGCUAAAGGAGUAAAGGGUAUGGAAGAUGCUUUCCAACUAUGGUUUGGCACUAGAGUGUGA